GGUCUUGGAUUUCCUCUAAGACAAAAUCAUCAUCAUCAUCAUCAAACGGAGGAAGAAAGAAAGAAAGAAAGAAAUGGAACGUGGCUUCCCCAAAGGCAAGUUCAAGAGCCUCUGUGUCUUUUGCGGCAGCAACUCUGGCAACCGUCAAGUUUUCAGUGACGCUACCAUUGAAUUGGCCAAUGAACUGGUUAAGAGGAACAUUGACUUGGUGUAUGGUGGGGGAAGUGUUGGGCUGAUGGGCCUAAUAUCCCAGAGAAUGUAUGAUGGAGGCUGCCAUGUUCUAGGGGUUAUUCCAAAAGCUCUCAUGCCUCUUGAGAUAUCUGGUGAACCAGUUGGUGAAGUAAGAAUUGUUUCAGAUAUGCAUGAGCGUAAAGCUGCAAUGGCUCAAGAAGCUGAUGCAUUUAUCGCCCUCCCUGGAGGAUAUGGAACUAUGGAAGAGCUGUUGGAGAUGAUAACUUGGGCUCAACUUGGAAUUCAUAAAAAACCGGUUGGUCUACUCAAUGUUGAUGGUUACUAUAACUCUUUGCUCGCAUUAUUUGACAAUGGUGUUGAAGAAGGCUUCAUUAAGCAUGGUGCUCGGAAUAUACUUGUUGCGGCUUCAUCAGCCAAAGAACUUAUGAUGAAGAUGGAGCAAUAUUCUCCUUCCCAUGAACAUGUAGCUCCUCAUGAUAGCUGGCAGACAAGGCAAUUGGGUAAUUAUGCAGAACAGGAAAAUGCAGAAUGAAACAUUGAUUGGUUGAAGGAUUAUCCAAAUUUUUUAUUUUUUUGAUGUAACUCUUCAUCACUUGAAAUGUAUACAAGAGUCCCUGUGUAUGGGGCCAUAUGUUGUUUGUUACUUACUGUGCAUUGAUUUUUUUGAAGUUCUGGUUUUGCAUCAUUUCAUUUCAUGAUCAAUCGAGUCACUGUGAGAAAGUCAUAUUUGGUUGUUAUUUAACACUGUUUAAAGGGUAAAAAAGUGCAUUGAAAUUGUAAAUAGACAGAGGCUAGUAUUUUUAUGGCAAAUUAAAUCUCAGUUGUGCA